GCUGCAUUUAUUGUCCCCGCUCUCCCUUCUUCCCACCAGACUAAUUGCACUCUGAGCCAUUGCAGGGUUUCAACAGGUUCCUCUUGCGUGUUUUGCAGAGCUCAAAGCUUAUUCGGUAAAAAUAGCUUUGUUUUGCAAAAUGAAACCAUGGACAAAAGUGAAUUUCUUGCAGAUUCUGCAUACAACAAACCUUGAAGUCAACACUAUGCAAUUCUCCUGUGGAAAGAUUUUCAUUUUUCUGCUUGUAAGGCUGCAAUGGAACAAAAGCAAUACCGAGGGCAUGAAAGUAAAUGGAACAGGUGAUAGAAAUGGCUCAGUUACAGAUAAAAAUUGGUCUACAGUGCAAGCAACUUCACAGAGAUUGGUUCUGACUAUGACUACUGCCAUAAAUUCUUCUAUCGUCAUUCAUUCUGCACCAGCAACAGCCAACGUCAAAGAAAAUGUAGCAGAAACAACAGAGGCCAGCAGUCAGCCAAACAGCACACCCCCAAUGUCCACUGAUGGCACCACUUUACCUUCAGUUGCCACUACAGUAUCUAAAGAUGAAAUAAACAACUCUGCCACAACCUUCAACAGAAUCACAGUAUCUUUAGCGACACUUACAACAACAGGCGACCUUUCUCGACUCUCCAAAAGUACUGCAGCUACUUCUACGUCCACAGAGAAAUCAAGUAACUCCACAGUCACCUACAGAACGUCUUUGGCUGCGGUGCUCCCCAGUGAUAACUCUUCAGUCAAUGCCACCACGUUGUUCCCCACCAGCAUUGCUCUGACGUCACCCAUAGUGAAGGAGGAGAGCACCACAACAAACUCCGGCACCAUUCUGCAGCCAACUGAGCUGAAACAUAAUUUCAGCAACUCUUCUACUGCACUGCCUGAAUCAAAAGAUGCCAAUGCAGACAAAACCAACAAAGGAGGAGUAAUAGUUGGUGUCAUUGUAGGAGUCAUUUUGUUGUCUAUAUUAAUUGGUCUGAUUGGAUAUUUUAUAUGUGGUAAGCAGAGGUCUGAGUCUUUUUCCCACAGACGGCUUUAUGAUGAUACAAGGAAUGACCCAGUUCUCCACUUAGACAACUCACUUGGACCAUAUGAUACAAGUUUUGGAUGUGUGCCAGAUGACAGAAGCAGCACAGCAAACAAGGCAGUGGAAGACAACACAGGCUGCCCAUCUGAUGGCAUUCCUAUGGCUGACAUGACACCAUCCCACCUUUCACUGUAAUAUCAGCUUCAGAUUAUCUUCUCCCCUGUUAUCCUCAUGCUUUCCUUUUUCCAAAAGGACCUGACAGCUGUUCUCUUACAAUUAUUAGUGUGCAAACAAUGUUUUGGAAAGCAAAGGAAAAAAUCACAAGAUAAAGGGGCAGGCAGCAGGCAAGGCCCCCAUCACUCUUUGACUUUGUAAUUAAGCGAUCAACCUAUGGUUUUCCUGGAAGGAUAUUACACUUGCUUUAUUAGAAAUAAUAUAGACAAAUAGUGUCCAGGUAAAAUUCUGCCUUGGGUAACUUUUGGUCAAGAAUGUGGACAUUCUAUGAAUUCCUCCUUCCACUGGAACGUCAGCCUCAGCUGAAAAUGGCAAGGGCUCUCUCUAAGGGGAGCUCAAAGACAGAAAUGAAGACAAAGAAGCUGCCAGCAUUGUCUGGUAACUGUAUAACCAAAUGCAAUGUCUUUUAGGAAAUUAUGAAACUAAUUAUUAGUAAUUGCAAGGCUACAAAAGCAAGAUCAGAAGCCAAUGUAGAAAUAUCACUGAGGCAAGCAAUAGAGUGUGCCAUUUAUACUGUGUUAAUUUUUAACAACCUAAUUAUGAUUUUUGUAUGUAUGUGCAUGUGUUUCUUGUGUUGUCUAUGCAGCUCUGAUGUUUUGCUGUUGUUUGAAUAUUUUUUUUUGCUUUUACCAGGCCAGCCACCAAAAUCUAUGACAAGCGUUCAUCCUUCACUUGAAGUUAGAAUCAAUACUUUUUAAUACAUAUUACUUAAAUAAAGCUGUUGUGUGCCA